CUUCCCUCCUUGCAGAGCUCCUACCCGAUCUGGGAAGAUUUCAACUCCAAGGCAACCAAGCUGCAUUCUCAGCUCAGGACUACGGUGCUGGCUGCAGUCGCCUUCCUGGAUGCCUUCCAGAAAGUGGCCGACAUGGCCACCAACACCCGAGGGGCCACGAGGGACAUCGGCUCAGCGCUGACCCGCAUGUGCAUGAGGCACCGCAGCAUCGAGGCCAAGCUCAGGCAGUUCACCAACGCCCUCAUGGAGAGCCUCAUAAACCCUUUGCAGGACAGGAUCGAGGACUGGAAGAAAACUGCCAACCAGCUGGACAAGGACCAUGCAAAAGAGUACAAGCGAGCCCGCCACGAGAUCAAGAAGAAAUCCUCCGACACCCUCAAGCUCCAGAAAAAGGCCCGCAAAGGGAAGGGGGACCUUCAGCCCCAGCUGGACAACGCGCUGCAGGACGUCAACGACAUGUACCUGCUGCUGGAGGAGACGGAGAAGCAGGCGGUGCGCAAGGCCCUCAUUGAGGAGCGGGGCCGCUUCUGCACCUUCAUCACCUUCCUGCAGCCCGUGGUGAACGGGGAGAUCACCAUGCUGGGAGAGAUCACGCACCUGCAAGGCAUCAUCGACGACCUGGUGGUGCUGACGGCUGAGCCCCACAAGCUGCCCCCCGCCAGCGAGAGCACGCCAGGCCGGCAGUGCUUGGGCAGCCCGGGGUGGACAGCAGGGCUUUCUCCUCGGCCCUGCAUCCUUGGGAUCCUGCGACGCCCGGAGACGCGGAUCCCUCAUGCCGAGGAGGGCGAGAUGCUGGCGGAGAGCGGUCGUCAGCGCUGGCCUGAGCCGCGCCGCGUGCCCGGCCGCUGGCUGGCCGGCCCGGGGGCGCCCCGCGGGGUCCCCAGAGCAGGGAUCGCCCCAGGGGAGCCCAGAGGGACCCCCCUCGUGAACCCCUUCCCUGCUGUCCCUGCCUCCCUGGCCACCUCGCUUCUCCCACCCCGCCGAUCCUUCCCCUGCCCCGAUGCACCCUGGCUUCACCCGCCGGCACCUCGCUUUUUGCAGGAUUGGUCCAAAGCCAGUCCCUACGACCAGCCCGUGGUGAACACCCUGCAGAGGCGAAAGGACCGCGUGGAGCACCUGCGGGAAGCGGAGAUGGCCUCGGCUGCCAUGGGGUACCCAGGCAUCAGUGUCGAAGAAGCUCCCAGGCCCCGGAUGUCGCCAGCUACGAUUGCUGCCAAGCACGGCGAGGAGGUGUCCCCUGCUGCCAGCGACCUGGCCAUGGUCUUGACCCGGGGGCUGAGUCUGGAGCACCAGAAGAGCAGCCGGGACUCGCUGCAGUAUUCCAGCGGCUACAGCACGCAGACAACCACCCCGUCCUGCUCUGAGGACACCAUCCCUUCGCAAGGCUCUGACUACGACUGCUAUUCGGUGAACGGCGACGUGGAGUGCGACCCCCAGAGCGAGUUCGACAAGUCCUCCACCAUCCCACGCAACAGCAACAUUGCCCAGAACUACCGACGCAUGAUCCAGACCAAGCGUCCCGCGUCUACUGCCGGGCUGCCUACGGGCACCAACCUGCCAGCUGGCACCACACCGGGGGUUGCCACCAUCCGCCGCACACCUUCCACCAAGCCCUCGGUCCGCCGCACUCUCUCCAACGCAGGCCCCAUCCCCAUCCGGCCCCCCAUUGUCCCUGUGAAGACUCCCACGGUGCCCGACUCCCCCAGCUACACCGGCCCCACGCGAGUGGGCAGCGAAGAGUGCGUGUUUUACGCUGACGAUGGCUCGCCAAACACCAUGGAUUUUGCCAAAGCUUCGCCUAAGCGGCUGAGCCUUCCCAACACCGCCUGGGGCAGCAAUGUCAUGGAGAUCGCUGUGUACCCUGGUGCUGGCCAGCACCUCUCCGCCGAGGAAGAGGAGGACCAGCAGUUGGCAGCCAACCGGCACAGCUUGGUGGAGAAGAUUGGCGAGUUGGUGGCCAGUGCCCAUGCCCUGGGUGAAGGCCAAUUUCCCUUCCCUACGGCACUUUCGGGCCCCGGCCCUGGCGAGGAGACACCUACUCCACCCCCGGCGGCCUCCAUGGACCCCCCGGCCGAAGACAUGCUGGUGGCCAUCCGGCGUGGGGUGCGCCUGCGGAGGACCAUCACCAACGACAGAUCGGCCCCACGGAUAUUGUGAUGAAGCUCCCGGUCCCUCCCGGCCCCGUCCCGCACCAUGCCGUGCCGUGCCAUGCCGUCCCACCGCCCUGCUCCCCACGUCCCUGGGAGAUCGACGCAGCGCCCCGAGGAGGAGAGACGCCGUCGGGAACCGCAGCGCCGAAGCCACUUUUCGGAGGUAGAGGCAGAGCCUGGAUUUACACGGAAACUGAAAGCCUUCGCUAGCAAACUCGCAAGGACGCAGCCUAGGCGCUGAACUGGGUUUGGAGCCCGUUUUAUACUUUGUUCCUCGCCCCUCCCGCUCGCCCGCAGCCUCCCCGGUGCUCUUCGCGGCCUCUGGCCAGCCGCUGGUCCCCAGUGGCGAGGGCGCGGAGCCCAAACGCGCUGGGGUCACCGGCCUCUCUCCCUGUGAGCCCCCCCGGCCCCCAGCAAGGCGCUGACGGCCCUGCGGGCAUCGCACAGCCUCCUCGCGCUCCCUCUUGCUCCUGGCAGGGGCUGGCUGUCGUCUGCCUUUCCUUCCUUCCUUCCUUUGCUCUUUCUCCCUUUCCUUCUUUCUCUUUAUCUUUUCCUUCUUUCCUUCUUC